AUGUUUUCAGUAGAGUGCCAAAGAAUUUGGGGAAAGCAAAACGAGACUCGCGUCGAGGGCUUUGGUGAAUUCUUCCUCUUCUUCUUCGACUCAUGGGAACCGCCACAGUUGAGAAAACUCAGGAGGAGCUCCGUAAGGAGAUCGAUGAACUCCAACGCCAACAGCGCGAGAUUACAGAACGGCUUCGAGACCCUAGGGGACUCCGGAAGGGAGGCUUGGUGGCAGCUGGUCCUCGCAAUUUUGCCGGCAAUGGUGCUCGACCGCGUGGAUUUGCACGACCGGCAGAUAGAGCUGAUGCAGAGGAUCAACGUCCAGCAAAACGCCGGCUUUCGUCAGCGGUUGUCAAGGUGGAGGAUGGAGAAAUCACUGAAACUGCUGAAGAUGCCAAGGAUGUGAAGACGAAUGAUUCAGCUGUUGAAGGUACGGAUGAUCAGAGUGAUAGGAAGUUGGCGAAUUCCCAACAAAGUGGCUGGUCAAGGAGGGAAGGAAAUCAUGGAGCAGCAAAGAAGGAUUUUGAAAUUCCAACAGCAGAUCAUGUUCCGAGAGUAUUGCCAAAAGAACAAGACCCCAGCUUGGUUAAUAGGAACAAAAGAAUGCUAGGACAACUUUUGGGGACUCUAGAGAAAUUCAGGAAAGAAGACUUGCAACUUUCAGCGACAGAGGGAUUCAUGCGGAGAUCAAAUUCUUUACAGAGAGCUGAGCAAAGAGCACGAGAAGAAAGUGAAAGACUGAGGCAACAAGAGCGUGAACAAAUUGCGGAAAAGCGGAGGAGAGAUCUGACUCUUCGGGCACGUGUUAAUGCCAAGACGGAAGAAAAGAAAUUGGAACUUCUUUUUCUUCAGUGGAGUGAGCAUAAUAAAAGACUUGGGAAUUUUAUAAGGACUAAAACAGAGCCUCCAAUAUAUUAUCUCCCCAAGAAAUCAUUAGAGGAUGCUGCGCUAACUGAGCAGCAAAAAGAAAAGGAGUUUCUAGCAUGGAAAGCUGCACGAAGGGAAGAACUGACCGAAUAUCAGAAGCAGAUUGGGGAGCAGUAUACUGCCAAUGUUGAAAAGGAGUUAGAGAGGUGGCAAAAUGCAAGGACACCAAGGAAAGCGAACAACGAUGUCAUGAACUUACAGGAAACAAUGGACAAAGAAUUAGACACGCACAGGCUUGAGCAUGGUCCCAAGAAAAGAACGAUCCCUGAUGGAAGCAACGACGAAGAUGAGGAUGAUGUGGAAGAUAUUAAUGUAGCAGAGGACGACAUGAUUGAUGAUGUGCUCGACGUUGAUGAUAACAGUCGAAGGGGUGAUGAAAUAGCUAAACCGGACGCAGGUAAUACUAGUCCAAACGCAGAUACAGUUGAGUAGUGGUGAGAUUAAAGCCACCGGUCACACCUGUUCUUUAACCCGAGUCUCCUAGGAAUACUUUGUUUCUACAGUUGAUUUACUUAGCCUUCUGUCGGACAGUUUUCUUGGUGUCUAUAUAUGUUUUGUGUUUUUCGAGUGAACUUAUUUUUCAUCCUUUUCGCUUCGUAUCUGUAGUUUAUAUAUUGCUUUUUUUGCUACAAUGACAUUUACAAUACGAGGUAAAUGAUUUGUGUAAUUUACGCAAACAGUCUUGUCACAAUAAUGCGGUAUCAAUUCCAUCA